AUGACAGACAAUCUGACGACUACACAUGGUGGUAGUACCACCCUUGAAUUGUUAGCGCAGUACAAUGACCACAGGUCCAAAAAGGAUAAAUCAAUAGAACAUAUAGAAAAAGGAACAUCUUCAGAAAAGGAAAAAAAGCCUUCUUACGAUGAAAUCUUCACGGAAAAUAUUAAGCUAAAACUACAAGUCCAAGAACAUGAGACUGAAAUUGAGAGUUUGAAAAAAGUCAUUGAUAUUUUGCAAAAAAAUAGGGAAGCUUCCCUAGAAGUGGUACUGGAGCAAGUCCAAAAUGACUCAAGAGAUUCAUAUGUUGCUGAACAAUCAUUUGUGUUACCUCCGAGAUCUGCUGAAAGGAAAGCACAUAUUAAAAGUCUAAAUUUGCCAAUACCGACAUUGUCUCCUCCAUUACAACAAGGUUCAGAGGUUGCACUCGAAACAAGUGUAACGCCCACAGUACCCCAAAUAGAUGUUACAUCGAAUACUUCAAUAAGUAGGAAACAUUUACAGAACAUGAUACUAAGCGAAGAAAUAGAGGCAAGUAGUAGCUUCUCAUCUCCCAAAAUUGUUAGUAGAUCUGUUUCAAGUCCUACACAAAUACAUUCGGAACAGUUGGCCAGCCCGGCUGCUUCAGUCACUUACACGACGUCUAGGAUAACUAUAAAAUCGCCCAACAAAGGUCCCAAAUCUCCAUUGCAAGAACGUUUGCGUUCGCCUCAAAAUCCCAACAGAAUGACGGCUGUCAUCAACAACCAUUUGCAUUCUCCAUUGAAAGCCAGUGCCUCUAAUAAUUUAGAUGAGCUGACCGAAAGUAAAAAUCAACAACUACCUAAUAACUCGAUACAAAAGAAUGACCGCGCUUAUUCUUCUGUAACAUCCUCUGCAUAUACCACUGGAACCCCUUCUUCAAUAGUCAAAAGCCCAUCACCUCUUUUGGAAGUCAAAGAGGGCGAAAACAAGACUUUGGGUUUCUCUCCAGCAUCCAAGGAGAAACUUGAUGACUUCACCCAAUUACUUGACUCAUCAUUUGGCGAAGAAGAUCUAGUCAAUAAUGACGUUAAAGAUCCCGUGUCUAUAAAAUCCAAGAUGAAUGAAUCUUUACCUCCACCUCCAGCACCUCCAACUUUUUUUUCACCUACUUCUAAUGGGAAUAUGAAAAACGCUACCCCUCUAUCAAGUCAUUUGGCUUCUCCGGUCAUCUUGAAUAAAAAGGAUGACUCUUUUGGUUCAAAAUGCGCAAAAAAUUUGAAGAAACCUCCAUUAACUUCUUCGCUUCCCAACUCUUCUACAAAGUUGUCUACAGUAAAUCAAAAUGCCUCUCUUUCUCCAAACCCUCCUGCGGAAAGUUCGUCAAAACAAAAACAAUCUGUAGAAGCGGCAUCCAUCCAUUCAACCAAUACCACGAAUACAUUUGGCUCAACGCCCCAGGGUUCCUUGAAGACAUUCAGAAGACCUCACGCAAGUAGUGUAAGCACAGUGAAGUCUGCCGCUCAAAGUCUUAAAUCGGAUAUUCCAUUAUUCGUUCAACCAGAGGAUUUUGGUACCAUCCAAAUUGAAGUAUUGAGCACACUGUAUAGGGACAAUGAAGAUGAUUUAUCAAUCUUAAUUGCAAUUAUAGACAGAAAAUCCGGUAAAGAGAUGUUUAAAUUUUCAAAAUCCAUUCAUAAAGUCCGCGAAUUGGAUGUAUACAUGAAAUCACAUGUCCCUGAUUUGCCAUUGCCCACGUUACCUGAUAGACAAUUGUUCCAAACUUUAUCACCUACAAAAGUCGAUACGAGAAAGAACAUUUUGAACCAGUAUUAUACAAGCAUAUUCAGUGUCCCUGAAUUCCCACAAAAUGUUGGCCUAAAAAUUGCUCAAUUUAUUAGUACAGAUACAGUAAUGACACCUCCAAUGAUGGAUGAUAAUGUGAAAGAUGGGUCGCUUUUGCUGAGAAGGCCAAAGACUCUAACAGGUAAUAGUACAUGGAGAGUUCGAUACGGUAUCUUACGUGAUGAUGUUUUACAAUUGUUUGACAAAAACCAGUUGACUGAGACUAUCAAAUUGAGACAAUCUUCCAUAGAACUUAUCCCCAAUCUUCCUGAAGAUAGAUUUGGGACGAGAAAUGGGUUUUUGAUUACUGAGCACAAGAAAAGCGGACUGUCAACUUCAACAAAAUAUUAUAUUUGUACCGAAACGUCGAAGGAACGUGAAUUAUGGCUUUCUGCGUUUAGUGAUUACAUUGAUCCUUCACAAACUUCAUCAUUAUCUAACUCGAGGAAUGCAAACGAGGUAGAUUCUGCGUCUCACUUGAGCGUGGGUACACAUCAUUCCAAAUUUGGAAACGCAUCUACCUCAUCAACCGAGACUCCAUCGUAUGUCACUGAUUUGACGCGAGAAUACAACAGUAAUAACAGCAUUAGUAAUAACAACAGUUACACGGCUAACAGCGAUGGUAUUGACUCAAAUUCAUCCUCUUACUCUAAUUUCCUCUCAAGUUCAACCACGGAUGAGGAGAAAGAUAGCAGGAGAGCCAAAAUGAGAAGUUUAUUCCCAUUUAAAAAGUUAACCGGCCCAGCGAGCGCAAUGAACCAUAUAGGUAUUACAAUGUCAAAUGAUUCGGAUUCUCCUACAUCUCCUGACUCUAUCAUUAAGUCUCCAAGCAAAAAGUUAAUGGAGGUACCCACUUCAUCGAAUUCUUCUCCAGUGCCGCAUUCAUCCACUACAAUAUUUGGCUCGUCACUAGAAACAUGUCUAAGAUUAAGUUCACAUAAGUACCAAAACGUUUACGAUUUACCGAGUGUAGUCUAUCGUUGUUUAGAGUAUCUUUAUAAGAACCGUGGUAUCCAGGAAGAAGGUAUAUUUAGACUAAGCGGGUCCAGUACAGUUAUCAAAACUUUACAAGAAAGGUUUGAUAAAGAAUAUGAUGUGGAUUUGUGUCGCUACAAUGAAAAUAUUGAAGCUAAAGAUGAUGAGACGUCCCCAAGUCUUUACAUUGGUGUGAAUACUGUGAGUGGAUUACUGAAAUUGUACUUGAGAAACUUGCCUCAUUUACUAUUCGGUGAUGAGCAAUUUUUGUCGUUUAAAAGGGUAGUUGAUGAAAACCAUAAUAAUCCUGUUCAAAUAUCAUUAGGAUUUAAGGAACUCAUUGAGUCUGGCCUAGUUCCCCACGCUAAUCUAUCAUUGAUGUAUGCUCUUUUUGAACUGCUGGUAAGGAUUAACGAGAAUAGUAAAUUUAAUAAGAUGAAUUUGAGAAAUUUAUGCAUCGUAUUUUCUCCAACUCUGAAUAUUCCAAUUAGUAUGCUUCAACCAUUCAUCACCGACUUUGUGUGUAUAUUUCAAGGCGGAGACCCAGUUAAAGAAGAGGAAAGGGAGAAAGUAGAUAUACAUAUUCCCCAAGUUUGA